AUGUAUCCUUGCAUGAAGUUGAAGCAUCUGGAGCAAAGGCUACAAGACAUUUCGAUGUUUGAUAAGCCUAAAAUUGUAUUAGAGCAAUACGUUACACCUUCUCAUUUGGGCUCUCACAUGUUGUAUACUAUUCAGUCACAGUAUGGUGAUAUUGAGGGAAAAUUAGUUGCUGAUUUAGGAAGUGGUUGUGGUGCUUUGUCCAUUGGAGCAGCAGUUCUAAACGCCUCUCUAGUUACUGGAUUCGAAAUUGAUGAGGAUGCCAUUGAAAUUUUUCAAGAAAAUUGCCAGGAUCAUGAACUAACAAACAUUGAAGUUAUACAGUGUGAUGUGUUGAAGGACAUCCCUAGUAGGUUCAAUAAAGCCUUUGAUACAGUGUUGAUGAAUCCUCCUUUUGGGACUAAAAAUAAUGCUGGAACUGACAUGAAAUUUUUGGAUACAGCUUUGAGAUUAUCAAAUAAUGUUGUAUAUUCUUUACACAAAACUUCCACUAGGUCAUUUAUUUUGAAACAUACUGAAUCACUAGGUGUGAAAGCUGAGGUAUUGGCAGAGUUGCACUAUGACUUACCCUCAACUUAUAAGUUCCACAAAAAGAAAUCAGUUGAUAUAGAAGUUGAUUUUUAUAAAUUUAGUGUUUAAAGUGUAA